AGCCGCGUUCGUUGGUCGCUUCUCCGCCGACUAGAUUCCUCCUCCCCAAGAAACUUGCAAGUCCUGCUCAAUUUCCCAUUCCAUAGUAAUCGCUGAGAAACUAUAGAAGGCAAUCGAGCCAGGAGAAGGCGUUCGAGUGAGGGGGGGGAAUCAAAAUGAUUCUGCCGUUUAUGAAGCUGGGAACGCUAGCCCUAAGAACCCUAUCAAAGCCCAUCGCUUCCAGGCUUAAGCAGCAAGCUGGCGUCCACCCGAGGUUCCGCGAGUUCAUCAUCAACCUUGCUCAGAUGAACCAUCGUUUCACUACAACAGUACAAAGGAGCAUAUAUGGUCAUUCAACUGAUGUUGAAAUACGUCCCCUGAAUGAAGAAAAGGCUGUGCAAGCUGCUGUUGAUCUCAUUGGAGAGCUUUUCGUUUUCUCGGUUGCUGGAGGACUUGUAGUCUUUGAGGUGCAAAGAAGUUCUAGGUCAGAGGCUAAAAAAGAAGAACUACGCAGGCAGGAAUUUGAGGCGCUAAGGAAAAGGGAGGAGGACAUAGCCAAAGAGUUGGAACUUCUAAAGCAGAAACUUUGUGAAGUAGAGAAGCAGUCCAAGGGAUGGGGACUCUCAAGCAUUCUUCACCUGAAGGAGCCCAAUGCACAGAUCACCAGCCAUCCAGCUACUGUUUCUUCAUGAGAAAACAAUCUUUCCUUAAUUUUUUUUGUGUAGCAUGACAUCAUUUUUCCCCUUGUAAAUCCAGUUUCAGUAAUCGGUUUGCAAGGAACAUUGUUAUUUUUUGAAAUAAUAUAUUUCUUUCUUUCCCUUUUGCUUUUGGUGCAAAGAAA